AUACGAGGCCAUUACAGCACAGGGGAUGAACGGGUGGGUAAAGGAGAAGAGAAAGUACACAACGUCCCUUGUUCUUGUGAUUGAAAUUUGGGAUGAUGUCACUGCUCCAACAUAGCCUCCUAGCCAGACCAGCCCUUCAUUUGUCUAUCUGCAUACAAAAGUCUUCUUUGUACGCUGACGGUCAAUAACUAACGAUAUAACGAUAUAACGACCUAUUCCAGGUUCCGCUGGUUAUACACCCCCUUUCAGAGAUCCAUUGCUGCUGUAACUUGAUAUCUUUUUCUCUAGCUCAACAGGCCCUGGCCCUAUCUGGCUGGUCCUAAUAUACUUAUUCUCCGCUAUUGCUUCUUGCCUCCUAAUUUCUCUCGAAUCGACGUCAAGGCUUUCUCCCUACAUCGGCUCUCGUCGGGAAGAGCUUCAUACUAAGCAGAAUGGCACCCUUUCGGCAUUCCAAGCCCGACGACGAUCGUGAAUCUAGAAGUGCCGGCUCCAAUGCAGAUUCCAGCAUCUCUCAGCACCGCUUCUCUGAGGCAGAUGAGCGAACUCGUUUACUUCCACCGCCGGCCGCAGGUGGUUUCCGCGGAUAUCUGAGUCCUGAUGACCCAGCUGUAUCCCCAUACAACCUCUGGGGCGUACGGUUGUUGCGCUACUUCACAGUACUGUUCACUGUCAUCACCUUCCUCUGGUGGGUGCUGCUGUUAGUAUCUAUCUUUGUGAGCCCACCUGGAAUGCACUCUCGUGGAUCUGGAUUCUUCGACUUCUCAUAUACAACGUUGACCCUCGGUCUCCUCCUUAUCGUGCUCCUAUUUUUCUCCAGCCCAUCCAAGGCCGGACAGAUAACAUGUUUGGUUCUCGCGGUCAUCUUGCUGAUCGACAUGAUCAUUAUUGUUUCCGUUCCAAGGAUUCGUGUUGAGGAGGGCUGGGUUGGAAUUGCGAGCGUCGUAUGGGCUGUUCUCAUGAGCAUGUGGACGGUGUUCACAGAUAGAACUGUCCAAUGGGGCAAGCGAGAAGAGGAAGAGCGUUUAACUGGCCGCCAAGAAACUCGUCGAACCCUUCGAGAAUGGUGCUCCGUUCUGACAUCCACGGUUGUCCUGAUCUUCAUGGCCCUGGUUGGGGUUCUUCUCACAGCUACCUUAAUUCUCCGAGCUCGAGAUGCUUCCCUACCGGCUCCAGGAGACAAAUACUAUGUCGACGGUGACAAGUAUCAGAUUCACGUCUUUUGCGAAGGCAAUCCGACUGAUUCCGAGGGCAAGAAACUCCCCACUGUGUUGUUUGAAGCUGGCGAUGGGCCCUUCGAAGGCGGCAUGAUCCAGAUUGCUACCAAUGCUCUUAAAAAUGGAAGCAUCAACCGCUAUUGCUACGCCGAUCGCCCUGGAAUUGGAUGGUCUGACAACGCUCCAUCCCCAUUCUCUGCAGCUACGGCGGCCAGUGUCCUAUCUGAAGCUUUGGCCCGCGCUGGAGAGGAAGGUCCGUGGGUUCUUGCAAGUGCAGGCGUUGGUAGCAUUUACAGCCGCGUCUUCUCCUCCCGUCAUGGAAUGGAAGUAAGCGGUCUCCUGCUGAUAGAUCCUCUACAUGAAGAUCUGCUUUAUCGCAUAGGAAAACCAGGAAGGGGUUUCCUAUUAUGGGCUUGGGGCGUCCUCUCUCCGCUCAGCUUGGAUCGAGUCCCUGGUGCUAUCUUCAAGGGCCGAACCCGGGAAGAUCGAGUCUAUGGUCGUUCAGCCUACCAGAAUGGCAGAUUUAUCAAGGCCAAGCUCCAAGAGUCUCUCGUCGCUGAUUCUCUGACCAAAGAUGAAGUCAGAAGCUCUAGAAAUAUUCAGCUGAAAGACACUCCUUUAGCACUUAUCAGCUCGGGAGUAGAGAUCAAGAAAAGUACAGAAUGGGAGGAGAAGCAACGGGAUUUGAGCCAUUUAACAAACAAUCUAGUUAGCUGGGAUAUUGUCAACAAGGCGCCGUCUGAGGUUUGGAGGACGUACAGUGGCAUAGAGAUCAUCGAGAAGAGAUUGAAGGAGUUGGUCCAUGGAUAAACGAAGACUUUAUGACAAAAUGACAAGCAGGAAAAAUGAAAAAGAAAUGUGGGAGUUUUUGUUCGAGGGCCUUAUUUUGCUGCGAUUGUAUCUUUGUUACGUAUUGAAGCUUGGCAGAGGCUGGGUAUGAUCUGAAUCUGCCAAAUGAUACUCCACUACUGUUCAUUAGUUAUUUUUAUGCGUUUGGAAGGAUAUGACAACAGAACAAGAAUCAAAUCUCGAAAGGUG